CGUUACCUCACCCUCAGUCGUCCCCUGGUAAACAUGCAGCACGUCUUUAGUUCCACAACAGGCACACUCUGGUCUGAGUGGUGGAACUGGAAACUUUGUCAACAUGAGCGUAGACAACUCCACUGAAGAUGUUUGUGUGGCAUUGCGCAACCUGCUUAACACCAUCCAGUGCAUCACAGCUCGGGUGAAAGAUGGAGAGGCCAAUGAGUCUGACGGAGACUUCAACCUCUCCUCCUUUUGGGACACUUUGAACCAGGCGGUGAAGGUGGUGUCUCAGGAAGCCACCAAAGUCAGCCUGGCCUUCUCCAAGCCGCCGCUGCCGUCACCACAGGAUGGAGAGAGGCUGGCCGAGUCCAUCCUUAAGAGUGUUCUGAGCCUUUCCACAGUUUAUUACUGGCUUCCUAAGAGCCAAGGCGUAAAUCUGCGGAAGCAAGUCCGAGACGCCACUGUCGAUGUCCUGGAGGGGACCGCACAGCUGCUAGAGGUCAUCCUAAGCUCACCGCUACAGAGUCUGACCCAGGAGCAGUUGACCUCCACAGGAAGUGUGUGGUCAGCUUGUGAUCACUUUUCCCUGUUGCCUCAAGACAAUAAGGCGGCGGUGCUGGUGGUUCUCUCCAGUCAGAGCGGCGUUGUGAAAGACGCCAUCGAGGAGGUUGAACAGGCGCUUUCCGAGGCACACGACCCGUUCGGCGACGUCCUCGAUGAUGAGGAAGAAGGGGAGCAGCCUCGAGGUAACCGGGACACCUAUUGGUCAGAAAAGGACCGGCGUGUGAUUGGAGCGUGCCAGGGGAUGAUGAAGGCAUCUGCGGCGUGCCUGAGGAAGCUGACGUCAGCCGUGAAGGGGAACGGCGACACCGGCACGCCCCAGAAGGUGGCCCAGCUUGACGACCUGGCGGACAUCGUGAAACAAAUCAGCCCUGAAGUUGAUGACCUGGCUCUCUGUCUUUACCCCCCUGUGGACUACAACGGUGUUGAAAACAAUGUGUCUAAACUGGCGGCAUUGUUGAAGAACAUUUUGGCUAUCAUCAGGUCGAGUCACGUCUGCGGCGAAUCUGAGCUGACCUGGAUUCAUUUCUUAGAUGGAGCUGUCGAUCACAACCUGCAAAAAGCCAAAGAGCUCAUUCAGCUGGACAGCUAGUGUGUGUGUGUGUGUGUGUGUGUGUGUGUGUGUGUGUGUGCGCGUGCGUGCGUAUUUGGUUCCAUGGCAGUGCAGUGCAUUGGCACGAACAUGCAUGUGCAACAAGGACUUGUGUGUGUAGAAUGGUCAUGUGACCAGUCUACACACACCUCCAUGCAACAAAGCUCACGUUAUUAUUACACGACAUUAUUCCAUAUUAAAUAUUACAUACUCCCUGAAAUCGAUUGUUCUUCAGUUGCUCCAUGGAUGCAGGAUUGCAGCUGACUCCUGCACACAACCAUCAAAUCAUGAAUAAAAAUGUUAUGACCAUAAUUGAUGUACAGGAUUUUGGUAAACAAAUUACAGCAGAACCUUCCAAGUCAAACAACCUGAAAGUCGGAAUAGUUUGGAUUUGGAGUUGAGGCACAGUUUUCGUAAGCCAAAUGAACCUUUGGAAUUCAGACCAUGAUCACGCGAG